AUGGCGUCGGUGCAACUGCCCUGUGCCGAAUCCUUGGCAAUUCUGAGUGAAUUGAAUAAAACCAGUCUUACCAAAUGCGUUUUAACGAUAGCCUGCGCGUAUAUAGAACAGGCCGCCCAACGUACGUUCCUUCUUUCCCUGCAGCGCCGCCGCAACUCAAUUCGCCGACUUCAACCACAAACAUGCCUCGCACAAACCCCAACGGUCUCCGACGCAGUCACUGUGCCUGCAUUGAGCACAACCGAUGCUUCGCAAAUCUCCUUCAUCCAUCUCCCCGCCGAGCUCCGCAAUCGAGUAUACCAGUUCGCCAUCGCCGACCUCCCGACACCCACAAAAUUGAGGUAUACGCCACUCACAACUCAAGCUCCUCGAGGCUAUCGUGCCCUCACGACAGUAUGUAGGCAGGUCCGCGCCGAGUUUCUGCCAUUGUAUAUGAGGAGUGUCAAAAUCGAGAUCUCUCUGCUGGACAUGCCCCGGUUUUUCCAGUUCUUCUUCCCGGACACGGACGAGCGAAAUCCCAAACCAACGAAUGUCACAGUGAUGGUUAUUGGCGCAGAUGUCUCGACAUACUUCGCGAUCGAGGCGCGCUUUAUGCUCCUUGCCCAAGCGCAGACUCGAGAUCUGGAGUUAAGAUUCGAACCCUCAUACCAUUAUAUUGCAGUUGAGAGCGGCGGUUACUAUGAGCUUGACGACUGGGACAGUAAGUUUCUCGCUGACGUCUUCAAUGACGCACGAAAACUCCACCAGAAGUUCCAUCGAGACUUGGAGCGUGGCUAUAUCUCCUCCCUGACGUACAAUCCGAGUCGUUGGACAUGGGCCACGUGGACUUUGACUAUUCUGAAAGAGGUUGGAGGCUUGGUAGAUACGGAGAUCGAGAAGCUGAGCGAGUAUGCAAGCAUCCUAUAUACGAUCCGUGAAGCAGGUAUUGUUCGUGCCAGUGUUCGAGUCGAGGGUCUCGAGGGGAAGUGUGUCGAGGAAUACACAUUUGAACCAGAGAACGGGUUGAUUAAAAAAAGGACGGGGACGAGCUGGCGCUAG